GCCAUUCAUAAACUCUAGUCUUAUUGGUAAAAACGAAAUCCUGCACCGUUACCAAGGUUGGCACGCGAAAACUCGGACGAUGCGGCCCGCCAAAAAUGUCGACAAAAUUUUGGCAGCAUGGUGGCUUAAAGUUCGGAACCAUGGAAUUGGAAGUUCAUUUCUCUGCUCUCUCCGGUCUUCUCGUCUUCCCCUAUGCCAAUAGCAGAACAAGCAUGGAAUAGCAAAGGUUCUGUUCCCCUUGCAAUUAUGGAGGCCUAAAAGCAAUGGCAGCCCCCGGCCAGCCUACUGGGCUGCCUUAGGGCUGUCAAGGGGGAACCAUUCCAGGCUAGCUAGUGGAGCUUCUGCAUUUCCUGAGCUUCGGAUCAACCCGACCUAGAUUGUCACAUCAGCAAAUCCCACUUGCCCUACUUGGAAAGUUUAAGGCUGCCAGUUUUUGGUGCCGCGAACUUACAGUUUGACGUGCUUGGGCAUUACGCGUUAGUAGAACUGACUCAAUGAAUCCGAUGUUGGAAGCUGACUGCACUUUGCGGUGCCGUUCAUCCCGUUGCGCUUCUAACCUCAUCUCGGUCAUUACUCGCGGCACCCCGCACCAGAUCAAGACCUACCUCGGCGGUGCUUGUCAGAAUGCCGGCCAUGUGGCUGACGCGUGUGGGCGCACGACUCUGCACAUGGCAGCAUCCCUUGGCAAAUUUGAGAUUAUCGAUUGGCUUGUUAAGGAGAAGCACGCCAGUCUUGGAGCUGAGGACCUUGAAUCUGGUUGGACAGCUCUGCACAGGAGUAUUUUCCACGGCCAGGUGAUUGCUGCUGUGUACCUGAUCAGUCAUGGAGCAAGCACAGAUAAGCAUGACAACGAGGACCUGACUCCCUUGGAGAUUGCCAUGAAAGACCACCCAGGCUAUGCCGAGUAUGACCCCCGGGGCCCCAGCCAAGUGUACUCGUGGGGCAGCAAUGCCAACUUCACCCUGGGCCACGGCGGGGGGAAGAGCCGCAGUCAGCCGGACGUGGUGGACAGGUUUGCCCGAGAUGGGCUGAGCAUCAAGCAGGUUGUAAUGUGCAAGUUCCACACGGUCUUCCUGACCCACCAGGGGGCGGUGUACACCUGUGGGCAUGGCCAAGGGGGGCGGCUGGGCCAUGGCAAUGAGGAGGUGUGUCUCAGGCCACACCCGGUAACGACGCUCACCGGGAAGGUGUGCGAGUUUGUGGCUGCUGCCAGGGACCACACACUAUUUCUCAUGGAAGACGGCACCGUUUUCUCAUGCGGUCAGAACAGCCAGCACCAGCUGGGCCACUCCUCACUGGGCGUCAAGGCCCUGACCCCUAAACUCAUCUUCAGCAAGCAGAUCAAGCACAAGACGAUGCUGGGCAUAGCCGCAGGCCGUUUCCACUCGGUCAUGCACACCAAGGAGGCCGUCUAUACCUUCGGAUUGAACGCUGGACAGCUAGGUCAUGCCAAAGGAGAGAAGUACGUCGUCUCACCGUGUCACGUGACCACCUUACAUCACGACAAGGUGGAGCUGACCCACGUCACCACCAGCGACGCUGCCACGGUGUGCGCAACCAAAGCGGGAGAUAUCUACGUGCUGAACGAGUAUCAGUGUCGUAAAGUUGCCUCCAAGCAACUGAAUCUGCUGAAGAUUGUCGCCAGCGGCGGCACCUUGGAUUCGGAUCUCAGCGACGGAACCCUGCAGAAGAAAGGAGGGUCGGAGCUGGUUCUGUUGGUGUUGAACCAGAGCGGACAGGUGCAUAACUGGCGGUCGAGCAGUCGCGCCCUGAGGCGUUGCGCAUGGACGCGCAAGCGGCAGGUCUUCAUGGCUGACGUAGCCCUGAGCCGCCAGGGCGUGCUCUUCUGCACUGAAGAAGGGGAGGCAUUCUCUGGCAGAUUCUUGGGCAAGAAAUCCUCUUCGUCAAGUCAUGGCAAAGAUUCUUCCCAAGCCUCUCCUCGGGCCUCUCGGGACAACGUCCACUCCCGAGACUGGCCUGAAGACCCGGAAGAGAUGGACCGGGUCAGCCUAAACCGGGUCCCUGCUGUCCACCGAGCGGUCAGGGUGGCCUGCAGCCCAAACGGUCUAGACUUCGCCGUGCUGCAGGCUGACCCCAAGGCAAGCUUGACUGAGGUUCCUUCGGUGAGCCCAUCGUUGAUGGUGAAGCACCUGUCGCACCUUCUCACGGAUGCCGAUUUGUCGGAUUGCAUCCAUGAUGUUGUACUGAAGGUUGGACAUCGAUCCAUUCCAGCCCACAAAUACAUCCUCACCCUCCGUAGUGACUACUUUCGCUGCCUCUUUCUUCAGACCUCGCCCCGAGAGAAUCACAACUCUGCCCACACGCCGGAUGCAUUUGACUCUUUUCCAGUUGUCAAACCUCGAGAAACCCACGACGUCACGGACAAGACGGACUUCCACACACUGAUGCAACUGCUCCAGUACAUCUACACGGACACUUGUGACGUGUUCCAGUCGGACUUCGAUUUUAAAUCCGUCCCCGGAACUCCACGGAGUCCAACUACCGGUUUAGACGUUGCCGACGAUUUUGACAAAUUGACCAUCACUAAGGAGAACAGACAUAAGUCGGCCUACGGCGUGUACAAAGAGCACAACGAGAAGAAAGGAAACAAGGAAGGCGGAAAGAAAGCCAAGAAAGAUGGAGGAGCGAAGAAGAAUGAAGCUGAUGGGAUGGUUUAUGUUAGGAGUUUGAUCGACGCAGCUAAGAAGUUUGGCGUGGCAUCUCUGGUGAAAAGGUUGGACCAGGUCAAGUUCAGAGAUGGUCGCCUGUGGAAUUUCCGGCCCAGUGCCAAGCCCCUGCACUUCCACCCCCGGCAGCUACCCCAGCUUGCCAAUGUGGUGCUGUGCUCCGAGGAAGGCACACUGUUCCCCUGCCACAAGUGUCUUCUGGUCGCCAGACUGGAGUACUUUCAGAGCAUGCUUGGGUCCGGCUGGAUUGAGGCCAGCUCCAGUGACCCGUUGAAGAUGCCCCUGCCAGCCUCCAUCCUGUCCAUCCUCCUGGAGUACAUCUACACUGACGACGCGCCGUCGGUUAGAGCUGCUACCGAUGUUGAGUUGCUGUGCAACAUGCUGGCCACGGCCGAUCAGCUGCUUAUCAGUCGGCUGAAGGAGAUGUGUGAGGUGGCCCUGGUUGACUUGAUAUCCCUCAGGAAUGUGGCUGAGCUGCUCCAGUUUGCGUCCGUUUACCGAGCCAACCAACUUAAACGGACCUGUCACCAGUACAUCGGCCUGAACUUGGCCUGUCUCCUUGAAUCAAGGGCGUUAGAGAUUCUCAGCAGUGACGUAUUACUGGAGCUCACCGAGGCUUACAAAGAAAUGAUUCCGUCCAUGCCCUACCGUAUCAUCACACCAUACGAGGAAGGCCCAGACAUCAGCUACAUUGAGGAGGAACCAUCCACGGAGAGCUCUCAUUCUACCAGUGCAGAGGUUAUGGAAGGCCAUACCAUCAGCUUUGACCGUGGCGACUUUGACCAGAUCAUCAGGAAGGCCAAAGCCAAGAGGAAAGCCAGUCGGAGAACAAGCACUGGAAAGCGGAAGAGUUUGUCGUUCAGUGAGUCUGGGGAGAACAAUGCGAGUAGCAACCAGCUACCGGAUGUGAUACCCAGAACCCUUCCCAUGGAAAUGGACAACUUGACCAUAGCAACAGAUGCAAUUGGGGAUGCAGGGCAAGGCGACAGCUCUACGAGUGCCAGCUCCGUGUCUUCCCCGACGGGCCAGCCCAAGGUUGACGAAGCCAAAGAACGAGGGAGGUGGGAACAGGAAGCCUCGAGGGAUUCUGGGAACAGUGAGCCGGAAUCCAUCCCAGCGAAUCCCGGCAACCACAACGUAUCCCCAUCUGGAGUCCAGUCACCCCCAGGGAAGUGGAUUAGGAAAGGCUGGUCAGAGACUGCCGUGGACGAGAAGACAAAGAGGAGCCUCGGGACACCCGAAAAGGCCUUCGGCAAAGACGAAACGCAGUCCAAAGGCUGGAAAAGCCCCAGUAUGUUAGACAUAACGGGACCAGACCUACGUAGCAUCAUGCAGUCACAGGCAUCCCUGACUGCAGCAUCGAAGAAGCCGUUGACGACAUCCAGAAUGACCACACCCAUAGCCAAGAAGUCCCAGAAGCAGCGUAAGCGAGAACAAGAGAGGGCAGCAGAUAGUGCUACAUCGCCGCCCCCUACCUCACCAGUGGAGCAUCCAACACCAACCUGUCCAUGGGGCGGAGCCCGCAAGAUGGCUCCGGCGUCGACAUCGUCUUUCCGAGAAGUGCAGAUGGAAGAGCAGAAGAGGAUCAUGGGCAGCACUGCCGUAUCCACGGCAACAUCACCCCCGGCCAAGUCAAGAGGUCUGGAACAACUCAGCUUUGGUAUAGUGUCUCGUGCUAGAAGAGUUUCGAACAAUGAGCCCAGCAUGCUAGUGGAAGCACCCCCUCAAAAGGCAAGUCCCAGAGAAGUGCCGGAAAAUCCUUGGCAGCACCGAGCCACUUCACCGCCGGCCGCCCGAGUCAGCUUCUCUGAGAUCAUCAAGUUGGAGACGGAGCAGCGUGAGACACUUGCUAAGACCCUCAAGAAGCCAUUCUCCCUGAUACAGAUUGAGGAAAAGGCUAUUGAAGAGCUAUGGGCCUAUUACCACACGGAAGACAGAGUGGAUGAGUUCGUCACCGUGGAGCGGGCUACCAACGUUGCAGCCACGCCUCUUUGGCGGAAGGGCAAAGAUGGCAGCUGACAGUAUGAAAGCAUUAUGAGAGGAGAAUAGGCCAACGUACCGGUGACAUCACGCUUUAUGUACAUGUACGCUUGUUUGUGGAGCUUCAAAUUCACUCUCCUUUUAAGUCUCCCAUAGGAAAAUGCACAUGUAAUCAAAGCGUGACAUCGUUGAUAGGGAGACCAAUUAUAAACACCUGUGCCAGCACUGAUAUGAGGAGGUUGCAGAAUGAAGGUAAAGAAGUUAGCAACCAAGAUUUGAAUCAGCUUUUCUUGAACUCAUUAAGCGAAACUUGUAAAAUGAAUUGUGUAAGUACCAAAGAAACUAUUUAAUGCAAAACAAAAGAUUUGCGAAUUAUUUUACCUUUUGCUGUGUAACGUGAAUUGAUGCCAUGCCGGCUUAUAUCAAUGUUGUAUAAUGGUUGGAAGGGAUUGAUUUCAAUCCCACAUUUCUGUUUCCUUGGAACUGGGGAGGAUCUGGCAUCAAGUCAUUGACAGUGUUUUCUUUUUGGACGGACAAAAAUAUUGAUUUUUUUUGGGGGGGGGAUUUGAGUACUUGUGGAGCGACUUCACAUUGAGGGAAUCCGCCUUGAGCAGAAGCACCCCCUCAUGGGUUGAAAAGAGCCAUGUUGGUCAGGAGUGCUCAUUUUGUUGGUAGCGAUGCGACUGCAAUGCUUGCGUUGCCUAGUUUGUGAACCAGCCUUGCGCAAUUAGUACCAAAGGAGCCUCUGUUACUAAGGGAGCAGCGCCCUCUCUUGGUCCAGCUUGAGGCCCAUGGAGCAAAAUGGUUUGAUAAAGCCAUCUAAAGGAGCACACCAAACCAAUACUUGUCUUUCUUUGUAUUUGAAACACAUUCCAUGUAAGAUGCAAAUAAUCAUCACAGAUGUAAUCAUAACCACUUGAAGAACGAUUUGUUCUUUUGGUCAGACAUAAUUGCAUUCUGGGUAAAUUCUCCCACAAAGAGUAGUGUUGGGCCGAAUACAUAACUACCCAUUGCUUAUGAGCAGCAUAAACGUGGUAAAAGUUCUCUGAUGUCUUGAAUAUUUGAUGUCAAUCUACCAAGCAAAUACUAAAUGUUUAUUCGUUUUUAAGCAAUUCCUCAUCUGGGUAGCAUUUGCUUGCAAGAAAUAAGCAUUAACCUUUGCUUAAAAGAAGAAGUGAUUGCUUGUUACAGAAACCAUGUAACUAGAAGCCUAGAAAAAGCAAUUGCUAGUUUUAGGCAUUUGGCCCAUUUCUUCGCCUUUAUCUUGGAUGGUGAAAUGGUUUUGUGUGUGCAAUGCUGGACCCAUAAUAUGAAAAAACUUGGGAUAGCUCCACAAAAGUUAUUUUUUGACCAAAUUUGAAGAAAGAUGCAACGCUAACCCUUCUGAAAUUUUCAUUAUAUUUGCCAUCCAGGUGCCUCAAAUGCAGUCCUUAGGUGUUUUACUGCACUCCAGGUGUAUUUUUGAGUAAAUAUGAAAAAAGUAAAAUUAUGGCCAAAAUUUAUUUUGCAAGGCUAACAGUUUUCAUUAAAUUGGGAUCUAGAGGACCCAUAGAUGAUU